UGUCAAACUUCUGGAAAAAGAGAAAUGACAGAAGAACUGCUUGUUCACUUCUCUUCAACAAAAGUAUUGUGAAGGGCUUUUUUUAUUUGGGAGAACAAUAUGGAGAGAUAUUCAGAACGCGAUGACCCAAAUGACAAUCGAGGUGGGAUAUCCAGUCGGUUGAGAGAUCGAGACCUUCUCAAGAAACGAAAGGCAGAAGCUGAAGGGAAGGCGACUUACCAGUGGGUUCAUGGGGAACAAAGUCGGAAGAAAAGACAGAGACAGGAAAAGAAAAGCUCCAGCAGGAGGUAUCAGAGAAGGAACAAGACGCUGGAGCCUGAGCCUUCCCCAGAAGAGCCUUCACAGCAGGAAGAGUCCCAAGAGGAAGUUGCUCCACUGGCAGCUCCCCCAAGGGAAACGUUCCUAGCUCAGGAAGACCCUUUCCAAGAGCAGAAGUCAAGCCAAGAACCCGUUGAGGAGGAAUCCUUCCAUGCAGAGCUGUACUCUCAGAAUGGCAGUAAAACUGUGGAACCAUUUCUGAUUGUGGAUGUGGGUCCUGAGGGAGAGAACGAGCAGCAGGCCCCCAGCACUCAGGAGACUCUUCGUAUUGUGCCAGAAACAGACACUGAAGAGGUUUUCAGCAUCUCUACACUCGAAUGUAAUCCUCCGGAACAAGAAUACCUGCCAGGAAGCUAUUUCUAAGGAGGCUCACUGAAAGUUUGAAAUAUGAAAUGCCUUUAUAAUUAGAUGGGGGAAGAGUAAAUGGGAUUGAGGGGUGUUGAAUUAGUCUGCUUUGAAAUGAUUUUGGGACAUUAGCACCAGAAGUUCAGACUUCAAACCAACCUAUAGAUGAAGGCUACCAAGACGAAUAGAUUAAUAACCAUCUGUUAAAUAUCUUAUUACAUUUACAGUAGCAUACCUUUACAUGUAAAAUACUAAUUCACCUUACUAAAUUCUUACAAAGCUUCAAUGAUUUUUUUCUUUUCAAUCAAGACUUAAAUUCCUUAACCAGAAGAUUUUGUUUUCAUGGAAACUGCCACUGCAUGUUAUUUGAAACUCAAAUGUACUUUGUACAACAUUUUUAAUGGGAUGAUAAAGGCUGACAUGGUCGUUUUUAAUACAUAUAGUAUAUAGCGUUAUGUUAUUAUGUUUAAAAAAUAGUUGUUUCAAAGUAGGUUAGUGUUUAAUGUUUUCCUGUAAAAUAUACACCCUAAGAGAAACAGUUCAUUUUGGAUAUUUGAUAAAAAAAAUAAAAAAAAAAUUAUUUGUGUGUUUAUUUACAAAAAAAGUGUAGAAAUAAAAUAAAAAAAGCAAUAAAGUUUAUGAGGGUGUGUCUCU